GUAUCAAGAUGUACCAAGCUUCUUGUUGGGUGAAUCAAUGGGUGGAGCCAUUGCUUUGAAUAUUCACUUCAAACAACCUGCUGCAUGGAAUGGUGCUGCUCUUAUUGCACCUUUGUGCAAGCUUGCGGAGGAUAUGAUUCCACAUUGGUUGGUGAAGCAGAUGCUAAUUGGAGUAGCCAAAGUUCUUCCCAAAACUAAGUUAGUUCCACAAAAGGAAGAGGUUAAAGAUAAUAUAUUUAGAGAUGUGAACAAGAGAAAACUGGCACCCUAUAAUGUGUUACUCUACAAGGAUAAACCAAGACUGGGAACUGCAUUGGAACUGCUGAAAGCCACACAGGAGCUAGAACAGCGUCUGGAAGAAGUUUCUCUGCCGUUGUUGAUCAUGAAUGGAGAGGCUGAUAUAAUUACUGAUCCAUCAGCUAGUAAGGCUUUGUAUGAGAAAGCUAAAGUUAAGGACAAGAAACUCUGCCUCUAUAAGGAUGCUUUCCAUACUCUACUUGAGGGUGAACCUGAUGAAACUAUAUUUCACGUGCUUGGUGAUAUCAUAUCUUGGCUUGACGAGCAUAGCAGCAGAAAAAACAAAUAUUAAGCACCUUGGUAUAUUGGAUCGCCACAAAAGUAGACAUUAACUUCAGUUUAUGUGUUCAUGCUUUAU